UAAAGAGAGGAGGAGCUCCCCUCCGGAGGGGCGUUGUUUAUUGCGUGGCACAGCAGCCCCGGGACGGCUGGGAGGGACUUGUGCAGUUGCAUCCCAGAUGCCUUUCCUUCUCCCCCGCGAAAAGUGAGAGUUACUUUCGCCCCCGAAGCGGCACCGUUCCCACGAUGCCCCUCCGGUCCCAGAUGCUGCUGAUCCUGCUCUUCUUCGCCGCCCAGGGCACCCACGGAGGAGCCAAGCGACAGGACGAUAAUUUAUUGGUUCUUACUGUGGCCACCAAGGAGACGGAAGGAUUCAAACGGUUCAGAAGAUCAGCCCAGUUCUUCAACUACAAUGUCAAGGUCCUAGGAUUAGGAGAGGAGUGGCACGGAGGAGAGAAUAAAAGGACGACAGGAGGUGGUCAGAAGAUCCGUCUCUUAAAGUCAGCUUUGGAAGAAUAUGCGGAGAAGGAGGAUUUGGUCAUCCUCUUCACAGAGAGCUAUGACGUCAUAUUUGCUUCAGGCCCAGCAGAACUCCUGAAGAAAUUCAGACAAGCUAAGGCCAAAGUUGUCUUCUCGUCGGAGACCCUAAUCUACCCCGACCGAAGGCUGGAAGCAAAGUACCCCCAGGUCCGGGAAGGGAAGCGAUUCCUCGGAUCCGGAGGGUUCAUAGGCUACGCUUCACACCUCUACAAGCUUGUAGCAGAUUGGGAGGGUCUUGACAGUGAUAGCGACCAGCUGUUUUAUACGAAAGUCUUCUUGGAUCCAGAAAAACGGACGAACAUCAAUAUCACUCUGGAUCACAGGUGUCGGAUAUUUCAAAACCUGAAUGGAGCCCUAGAUGAGGUGGUCCUGAAGUUUGAGAACGGGCGCGUGAGAGCACGGAACCUCGCAUUUGACACCCUCGCUGUUGUCAUUCAUGGCAACGGCCCCACCAAGCUGCAGCUGAACUACCUGGGGAACUACAUCCCUCGGACCUGGACCUUUGAGACGGGCUGCACCGUUUGCAACGAAAGCUUGAAGAGCCUCGCAGACCUGAAAGAAGAUGUGCUGCCUGUGGUCCUGAUUGGCAUCUUUGUCGAGCAGCCCACCCCCUUCCUCACCCCGUUCUUCCAGCGCCUGCGGAAGCUGCGCUACCCCAAGAAACGGAUCCAGCUUUUCAUCCACAAUCGGGAGGAGCAUCACCUCGACCAGGUAGAGGCGUUUGUGAACGAACACGGGCAAGAAUACCGCUCUGUCAAAGUGGUUGGGCCGGAUGACCAUGUGGAGAAUGCUGAUGGCCGGAACAUGGGCAUGGACCUGUGCAGGCAAGACCCAGUCUGUGAAUAUUAUUUCAGCGUGGAUGCCGAAGUGGUGCUGAAGAACCCUGAUGCACUGCGGAUCUUGAUAGAACAGAACAAAUUUGUGAUUGCCCCACUUGUGAGUCGUCUUGGGAAGCUGUGGUCAAAUUUCUGGGGGGCCCUCAGUGCCGACGGAUACUACGCCCGCUCAGAGGACUAUGUGGAUAUCGUCCAGGGGCGCCGGAUUGGCCUGUGGAACGUCCCAUACAUCUCUAGCGUCUACCUGAUAAAAGGCAGCAUCCUGAGAUCGCAGCUCGCUCAGACCGACUUUUUCCACAGCGGCAAGCUAGAUGCAGACAUGGCUUUCUGCCACAACAUCCGGGAACAGGGGAUUUUCCUCUUUGUGACGAAUCAGCAACAGUUUGGCCAUAUCCUCUCGCUGGAGACUUAUCAGACAAGCCACCUGCACAACGAUCUCUGGCAGAUCUUCAGCAACCCGGAGGACUGGAAGGAGAAAUACAUUCACGAAAACUACACCGCAGCCUUGAAAGGCAAACUGGUAGAAACGCCCUGCCCGGAUGUUUACUGGUUUCCGAUAUUUACCGAUGCAACUUGCGAUGAACUCGUAGAAGAGAUGGAGAAUUUUGGCCAGUGGUCCAAGGGAGGCAACACGGACACCCGGAUCCUGGGAGGAUACGAAAAUGUCCCGACGAUCGAUAUCCACAUGAACCAGAUCAACUUUGAACGGGAGUGGUACAAGUUUCUCCUGGAGUACAUCGCCCCUAUUACGGAGAAGCUGUACCCUGGGUACUACACCAAGACCCAGUUUGAGCUGGCCUUUGUCGUCCGGUACAAACCUGACGAGCAGCCUUCGCUGAUGCCGCACCAUGACGCCUCCACUUUCACCAUCAACAUUGCCUUGAACCGCGUCGGAAUAGAUUACGAAGGCGGAGGCUGUCGGUUCCUGAGGUACAACUGCUCCAUCAGAGCGCCCCGGAAGGGGUGGACGCUCAUGCACCCCGGCCGCCUGACCCAUUACCACGAGGGCCUCCCCACCACCAAAGGGACCCGCUACAUUGCUGUGUCCUUUCUUGACCCUUAGAGCUGCCUCUUCCAGAAGGACAGAGACCGGGGAGGGGGAACCCUUUCCUCCCAUUUUUAUGCCUCUGCAGGAAAAGCUCCACCAGGAAUGAGGAAUCCCUUGAAUUUACAGAAAGGAUUGGAGACAGAUCCGUCAUGGCUGCGCCCCACCUCUUGAGGAGGGCAUCCAGUUCCAAAGUCAGGGUGUUCCAGGCAGAAUAUUUCCUCCUCCUAAUUAGCAUCCUUCCUCCUAAUUAACCUUUAACAUGCGGCAGGAUCCUUUGGAAAUUUAUCCUGUUCCAGCCUUGCUGAAACCCCCCAUUUUGUUCCAUGAGGAGAGCUGCCUCAACAGAUCCUGCCCAUCAUCCCUGGUGCUCAAAAUUCCCCAGUCAGGGAAGCUGCCUCAAUUUUUAGCCUCCAGCGAAGGAUUUAUCUGAUUCUGCUUUUGUAGCAUCUAUUUAGAGACAGCCCAAGUGUUU